UUAUGACGCGCUUGGCCACGCCCCUCCGCCCUCUCGUCUUUGUGCGGCUGACAAGAUCCUUCUCGGUCAAGACUGGAACACAGAGAUAAUGGCUGUACCUCCCACCUAUGCUGACCUUGGAAAGUCCGCCAAGGAUGUUUUUACAAAGGGAUACGGCUUUGGACUCAUCAAGCUUGACUUGAAGACGAAGUCUGAGAGUGGACUGGAGUUUACCAGCACAGGCCAUGCCAACACCGAGACCAGCAAGGUUUCCGGGUCGUUGGAAACUAAGUACAAGUGUGCGGAGCAUGGACUGACCUUCACGGAGAAGUGGAACACCGACAACACCCUGGGAACUGAGAUCACCCUCGAGGACCAGUUGGCUAAGGGGCUGAAGCUUACGUUUGACUCCUCCUUCUCUCCAAACACUGGCAAGAAAGGUGGCAAGCUCAAGACGGGCUACAAGCGCGAGCACGUCAACCUCGGCUGCGACGUUCACUACGACAUCAACGGCACGGCCAUCCACGGAGCGGCGGUGGUGGGCUACGAGGGCUGGCUCGCCGGCUACCAGAUGACCUUUGAGGCCGGCAGGAACAAGAUCACCCAGAGCAACUUUGCAGUUGGAUACAAGACUGAUGAGUUCCAGCUUCAUACCAACGUAAACGAUGGCACAGAAUUUGGUGGUUCCAUCUAUCAGAAGGUGAAUGAGCAGCUGGAGACGGCCGUCAACCUGGCCUGGACAGCCGGGAACAGCAACACCCGCUUUGGCAUCGCUGCCAAGUAUCAGAUUGACCCUGAUGCAUCUUUCUCCGCCAAGGUGAACAACUCCAGCCUUGUGGGUCUAGGUUACACUCAGACUCUGAAGCCAGGCAUCAAGCUGACACUUUCUGCUCUACUUGAUGGCAAAAACAUCAACGCUGGUGGCCACAAGCUUGGCCUUGGUCUCGAGUUCCAGGCAUAGGAGGAAGAUCCAGAAACACCUUUGCAGAUCUCCCAGCACACAUUAUCCCACCGAUGGAAAAAAGAAAAAUCCUGAAUAGUUCCUCUCACAACCCCACAUUCCUCUCCUCUUAAUCAUGUUACAGGUGGAAGCAAGACGGCGUAAAAUUCAAGUUGUUGUAUUUGCUUCCCCACUUUUAAAGGACCAUAAAAGCGAACUUUACAUUUGAAGUUCUUAAACCCAGUUUAAAACAUUUCAGCUAUUUAACAGGAAGUUUGAUGCUAAAUUGUGUAGCUUUUGCAAGGGGAAGUAGCCUCGAGUGCAUUCUUGUCGGCUUCACUACUUGUUUUUAAUGCAUUUCUAUACGAUGCUUUAACUUGUCACUUUGUCAGUCCAGUGAAAAGGGAAAAUCUAAGAUCCAGUUCAGCCCGGCCACACGGGCUUGCACUUGCGUAGAUGCUCCACCUGAUGGUGCUGUUGUUGCGUAGCUCUAGUAAGCACUCCUCACUCAACCUAUUCUGGUGAAACACGUUUUAUUAGAUCACUUCUGCACUGAGAGGUAUUGUCUGUCUUGAUAUAUAAUAGAAUUGAAAAGGUUAGUUGUCACUGGUACAAGCAGCUUUUAGUAGCUCAAAGAGACACUACACCCUAAUGUCUAAGUUCUCCACUUUUUUUUUUCCUCCUUUGUCCUGCUUGUCUUUUGUGUCUGUGAAUUUGGUGUGAAUCAUGUCCUUUUUUUGUUACAUAUAGCAAAAAAAAAUAUUUUAUUGAAGUUCAUGCAUAGUUGAAUCUACUUGAGGAGUCUUAACGAAGGCAAACGCAUGCCAAUCCUUCCCGAUCAAGGAAACUAUCAAGGAAAUGAUCAAGUAUAGGACUUCUGUUGAUUGAAGUUCGUGAAUUAUGAAAGGAGGAUGAAAAGCAUACACUCCAGGAAAAUGGUUGUCUUCCACAACUGGUAAUCACUGGGAAUCAUUGUUAUUGACAGUAUUGUCAUUCCCUGAAUUAAAUAAAAACAAAAAAAAAAACACUA